UUUAGGAAAAUUUUAAUGCUGUAUGAAAUGACGUGUGCACUCUACUGGGAAUGAUUAUUUACUAUAUUUGCUGAAAUUUAUGGACUGAGCGUUGUAGGUAAUUCAAGGACUAAAACUGCCAUCAUCGCAAGCGCAGCCAUUGGAACCGGUGCAUUGUUACUGAUGGGAGCACUCCUGUUCGUUAAUAGGAAGAGGUGUUUACCCACUUCCUCCGACAGACACGAUCUGUCUAAUAUAGAGAAGUUCCUGCAAGAUUAUGUUCAUCAAAUGCCAUAUAGAUAUUCAUACUCUCAGCUUAUGAAGAUCACCAAUAACUUUGCACAUAAAGUCGGGGAAGGAGGUUUUGGUGUGGUAUAUAAGGGAAACCUACCAUCUGGCGAUCUGGUGGCCGUCAAAAUGCUUGAUCAGUCAAGGAGCUGUGAGAAUCAAUUCAUGAAUGAAGUAGCAACCAUUGGAAGGAUCCAUCAUGUUCAUUUGGUUCGGCUCAUAGGAUAUUGCUACGAAGAAUAUAGAAACGCAUUGGUGUAUGAGUACAUGGCUAAUGGUUCUCUAGAGAAGUUUCUAUUUGCAGGAAGAGAGAAGGAACAAAUCCUAAAUUGGGCACAGCUGUAUUCAAUUGCUUUGGGUGCAGCUCGUGGAAUAGCCUAUUUACACCAAGAUUGUGACAACCGUAUCAUUCAUUUUGAUAUAAAACCCCACAACAUAUUACUGGAUGAAGAGUUCACACCAAAGGUAGCUGAUUUUGGUCUGGCUAAACUCUGUGGGAAGAAAGAGGACCAUAUAUCAAUGACAGCAGCAAGAGGAACGCCUGGAUAUGCCGCUCCAGAGGUGUGGAAUAGAAAUAUGGGAGCUGUAACAGACAAAUCAGAUGUUUACAGUUUUGGCAUGGUAUUAUUGGAGAUUGUUGGAGGAAGGAAGAAUAUCGAUGUGCAGGUAAGCCGGUCCAGUCAAUUGUAUUUUCCAGAGUGGGCAUUCAAGUCGAUGGAGAAUGGGCAGUUGGAGAGGGGGUUGAGAGGAAGUGGUCAAGCAGAAAUAGAAUGUGAAGAGAAAGAGAAAGCAAUAAGAUUGGCCAAAAUAGGACUAUGGUGCAUUCAGUACAACUCAAGAGAUCGGCCAAGCAUGAGCAGAGUGGUUCAAAUGUUGGAAGGAAAUGGUGAUGAUGUAACCAAUCCUCCCCUGCCUUUCAAUUCAACAAUUAGGGCCGCACCUUCAAUACAUUCAAGUGAAGAGUCUUCUGUGUAAGCAAGGAGGGGAAUCUCCUUCAUAUCCAUCAUUCUGGUCGUCAACAUUAUUCCGGGUAGGAGUCCCUUGAGUGUCAAUUUAUUCCAACUUCAUUGUGAAUAAAAUAUAAUGUAAGAGAAUUAUCCAAUAUAAGGACUUUA